UCCGGCCCGCGGGCGGCGGUGGCCGCGAUUACGCUGCUAGCGCUCACCUGCAGACUCGAGUCCCGCGUCCGAGCGGAGGACGCGGGAGUCUGGCCGGCCGCCCCUCCGGCCGCGGACCCGACGCCCCAGUGCGGCCCGGUCUUUCCCACGGCCUCCCGGGAUUUAUGCAGCCGCCGUGACCACGUGCACCGCUGGUAGCUGUGGUGUAGCCCCCAGCCGACCCUCGGCCCGCCUCUCUGAACAGAUGGGGAAACUGCGGAGGACUGGAAAUACGCCCUUGGGGCAGGCUUCCUCUGCCACCCGGGUGCCCGGGACGUUUCCUGGUCCCAGCUCUUGCACAGUCAAGAAGUAAUCUAGCAAGAAAUAUCAGCCCUGGGAGCCAAGGGAGGGAGAAUCACUGUCUCCAACUCCUACCCAGGAACGCACCAUUAAAAUCUCAACUAUAGGAACCCUUUAUCCCACGAGAGGGUUAAGUCCAGGCCAGAGGCACGAACAAGGUGUCUAUUCUGAAGGGAAGGAUUCUGUAAGGAUGGACCCACACCAGCAGGUUGCCAGCUUACGGAAGGGGAGUACAUUACAGGUUUCUGAGUGCGAGAAAACCUCUCGGUAUGUGAACCAGGUUCAGAGGCGGGAGGACAGGCCCACGGAAGGGAGACGGUACGCCUGCAGUGAAUGCGGGAAGAAGUUUGCCCAGAGCUCAGGCCUCGUCCGACAUCGGAGAAUCCACACCGGCGAGAAGCCCUACGAGUGUGGUCACUGCGGAAGAGCCUUCAGCGUGCGCUCCACCCUCACUGUGCAUGAGAGAAUCCACACCGGCGAGAAGCCCUACACCUGUAACGAGUGUACGAAAGGCUUCAGUGUGAGGGCACAUCUGAUCAUACAUCAGAGAAUCCACAAUGGGGAGAAACCGUAUGAAUGCAAUGAGUGUGGCAAAGCAUUUAGCGUGAGCUCAGACCUUAUCAAACAUCAGAGAAUCCACUCUGGUGAAAAGCCCUAUGAGUGCGACGAGUGUGGGAAAGCCUUCAGCGUGAGCUCCGCCCUCGUCAAACAUCAGAGAAUCCACACGGGAGAGAAGCCGUAUGAGUGCAAGGAGUGUGGGAAGGCCUUCUACGUGAACUCCGCCCUAAUUAACCACCAGAGGAUUCACUCUGGAGAAAAGCCGUACGCGUGUGGAGAAUGCAGGAAAGCCUUCAGCCAGAUCUCAACCCUAAUUCAUCACCAGAGAAUCCAUACUGGGGAGAAACCGUACGAGUGUGAUGCGUGUGGGAAAGCUUUCCGUGGGAGUUCUAAUCUUACUAAGCACCAGAAAAUACACGCCAAAGGGAAGUGUCAUCAUUGAUUUAUGUGGCGAAGAUAUUCCAAAGGCCUUUUUUUUUGUAUCAGGAGUUAACACUAAGAGAAGGGCAUGGAAGAAGUCGAUGUUUUAAUUGAUACUUGGUCCUUUAGAAUAUUGAAGAAGUGAGAAGUCCGUGAAAAGUGCUCCAGAAUGACUAGUUAAAGCUCUGAAAGCGCGUCGACUUCUGAGAAUGCGCUUUCACAACUCACAAGGAUGGAGGUUUGCAGACAGACUCUUCUGGGCGGAGAAUACUCCUCUGAGAUCAGCACUGAAGUGAUGCCAUACCCCACCCCAAACCAGCACAACUGAAUCCUAAGCAGUAAGUGGUUGAAGCCAAGCUCUACAAACAAGGACGUGGGACCUGUGAGCCUUGCAGAUCAGCCCUGACCGUCCAGCCAAAGUGUGAUCCUUGGGAGCACAGGCUUGUGCAAGAGAACAAAGCCUCAAAAUGUGAAUCCUGGUGGAGGUUUUGAAGCACUGAGUAGAUCGCAUCCGCCUGGGAGCUGUAUUUCUGGCAAGAAAAGUGGUGUCUGGGGGUAGAAUAAAUUUAACACCAAAAGGUUA